UUGCCUGGCUGUGUACUAUUGUUGACCAUGAUUUAGGAAAAAUUGCAUAUAAACAGACACAUUGGAUAGAUCCUAAUAAUGAAAGCCAAAUAUGAAAAGAGCUCAAGAAAUGUCUAUAGUUGUGCUACUUGUGAGUCUUCUCUUAUCCUUCCACAUCUCAGAAUGCUCAUUUGUUUUUUUUUUUUGGUGAAUUCAGAAUGCUCAUUUGUAUGCCACCCAAAAGACAAGAAAGCCCUUCUAGAAAUUAAAGCUGAUAUGAAUAAUAACAACGCUUCUACCUUUUCCAAUUGGAACCCGGAAACUGACUGCUGCUUCUGGUCUAACACCGUUUGUGACGAAAACGGUCGGGUGGUCAUGUUUAUAAUUAAUGACGCAGAUGACGUUGUUGGGCGGCUUUCACCCGCCGUUGGUGACCUGCGUUACCUACAAGCUUUAAGGUUGUGGAACCUUCCUAACUUGACCGGGUCUAUUCCUUCCACCAUCGCCAAGCUCACCAGGCUACAAAUAUUUGAGAUCACCUCCAAUAACAUGGAUGGACCAAUUCCUGAUGUAUUUGGACAUCUUAAAAGCCUACAGCAACUUUUUCUGGUCUCUAACAAGUUCUCUGGCUCCAUUCCCUCGUCUUUGUCCCUCCCUUCAAAGCUCGUUUAUCUCGAGCUCUCCGGGAACAAUCUAACUGGUCCAGUUCCAGCGACCUUUGGAUCAUUCAAAUCUAAUCUCACUAGUCUCAAACUAUACGAUAACCAAUUAUCCGGUCCGAUUCCGAAAGCAUUGGGUGCGGCAAAGAUCCAAACACUAGACCUGUCGAACAACCAUCUCUCAGGAGACGCAUCUUUCUUGUUUGGGAGUGAUUUUCUCUAUAAUAUUUCAUUAAGCAAUAAUAAGUUCAAGUUUGAUUUUAGCAAUGUGGACUUGCCCCAAGGUCUAGUUGGUCUUAAUAUUGCCCACAACAAGAUAUAUGGAUCCCUUCCAAAACAGCUCGGCCAAUUGUCGUUGCAGUCUAUUGAUGUGAGCUAUAACAAUUUAUGUGGUAAGAUCCCUACUGGCCGACGGUUAAAGAUGUUCAGCUCUGCCCUCUUUUCCCACAACAAAUGUCUUUGUGGUGUUCCUUUACCCGCUUGCAAGUAAUCGGGUCAACUCGUGGCAAAUGGAAGUUCGAGUAAUGGGUCGUGUUUAUAUUUAUGUUUAUGUUUGUAGCCCUUAUUGGUAAUAACUGUCGAAAUUCUAACUAAUGAGUUAAAAUUCGGUUAUCAAUGUUCAGACAUGGUAGUUUAAUUCUUUUCUUGUUGCUGCGUUCA